AAUACAGAUUACACAACUUGGCACCAUGGGUUUCCUGCAAACUAUGUAUACUGAGCUUGAUCUUAUCCUGCUGGAAGUCAAAGAUCCCUUCUGCUUGCAUCACCAAAAAUGGAGGCGAAAGAAGCACCCACACCAGUCCACAGCGAACAUGUCGACAGUCCAGCUCCUGUUGAUCCGGCCUUGGAGGCAUCGGUCCGCAGAAAGCUUGACUGGCGCAUCAUGCCCAUUUUGACUUUGACCUACCUCUUUGCGUUCAUUGACAGAUCCAAUGCCGGCAACGCGCGAGUCCUUGGCAUGGGUGCUGACUUGAAGCUUGACGGUUAUCGCUUCAAUACUGGCUUGAGUUGCUUCUACGUCCCCUACAUCCUCUUCGAGGUCCCCGCGAACAUCAUGUGCAAGCUCGUUGGGCCAAAGAUUUGGAUCCCUUUUUUGACAGUAUGCUUUGGCAUUAUUGCCAUGUGCAUGUCAACAAUACAGUCUUAUCAUGGAUUUCUUGCGGCCAGAGCCUGCCUCGGAAUGGCUGAAGCGGGUAUCAUGCCAGGCAUCACUUACACGCUCUCUUGCUUCUACCGAAGACAUGAACUCAUGACUCGAGUCGGCCUUUACGCGAGUGUAGCAUCUUUGAGUGGCGCAUUUGGAGGCCUACUUGCCACAGGUUUCACCAAGAUCCCCCAAUGGGGCAUAAUUCACACCUGGCGCAACAUAUUCUUCUUUGAAGGACUCAUCUCCGUCAUCAUCGGCGUCGUGGCAUUCCUGAUCCUCCCUUCCUCUCCUGCCACGGCGUCGUUCCUCACUCCGGAAGAGAAGGUCGCCGCUUCGAGACGCAUAACCGACGACAUGAAGACACAGAAUCUCGAACGCUUCGACAUGCGAUACGUCAAGCGUGCCGUCUUCAGCUGGAACACUGUCUUUCUUUCAAUUGCAUCGCUGUGCAGCCUCCUCACCAUGAACUCCAUGGCCCUAUUUAUCCCAUCCAUUCUAAACUCCAUGGGCUACAGUGGCAUCGAUAGUCAGCUCCUCUCAGUGCCCCCCUACGCUUGGGCGACCAUUGUCUGUGUUACCGUCACCAUCAUGUCAGACCGCACACGAAAGAGAGGCGCGUGGAUUCUCGGAGUCAUGCCCUUCACAGCGUUGGGAUUUAUCAUCCUGCUCGUGCCCACCCACGUCGGGGUGCACUACUUUGCCCUGUUCCUCUGCCUCACUGGUGCCUUUACCGCGUCUCCAAUGCUCGUUGCCUGGUGUGUCGACAACAGCGCAGGGCACAUGACACGGGCGAUCGCUGCUGGGACCGUUGUGGGCUUCGGAAACAUUGGUGGACUCAUCGCCGCAUGGACUUACCUGCUACCGGAUGCACCGAGGUAUAUCAAAGGGCACGCUUUGAAUCUUGGUUUCGCGGGACUCUGUUUGAUUAUCGUUGGUGCCGCCAUGUUCAAUCUGCACCGGGAGAACAAGCUGAAGCGGUCCGGGCAGCGGGAUUAUCUUGUGGAGGGGAAGGCGGAACAGGAGACACAGGAUUUGGGACACACUCACCCCGAGUUUUAUUACACUGUGUAAGGGCCUGGAAGCUGGAGCCUUCGAGGCCAAAGUAUCCUUCUAGCUACCGGAGUAGACAGUAUAAUAGAAGCAUCAUCUUUCAAGGCUUGCUAAGAGACAGUACAGUGGAAGCAUUAUCGCCUAUUCUUAAUAAUAUAAAAAGCUGCAAGCAUUAAGCUUUCCAGUAGUAAUAGGGCUACCGUAUCG